UAAUAUAAACUGUAACAUCUCCUGUCCUCCCUCCUGAUCAGUUGGUGGCAGUAAUCGUCCUGUACAUUUUUCUCCAUCCGGGCUGCAGCUGAACUACAGAAGAAGCGAAACAUAAUCCGUGACAUCCCGGGACCAGCCGGUGCAAGGGGGCUAAUAUAGCGUUAUUAUGAUCAAUGACGGGAGUUUUCAGCGCAGACUAUGACACACUUUCGAGGUCAGAUCCGGGGACCACACUGGGGUCCUACAAUGGACAACAUGCUGAUAGAUUUCUGGCGCAAACAUGACUGCCUUUUUAAUUCCUCGGUUGAUUCUUACUACGACAAGGAUCUGAAGACAAAGCUGUGGAGCGAGUUCGCGUUGUCCAUCGGAAAGCCUGUGUCUGAUGUUGAGAGAAGAUCAAGAUCACUCCGCACCCAGUAUGGAAGGGUGUUAUGGCAUCCGGAGAGGGUCAGCACUGUCCAGCAGAAGAUGCUUAGGGAUAAACUAGACUUCUUGAGGCCUUAUAUAGUUCGCAGGCGAGGUGAUGCAUACCUGGAGGAAAAGUUUGAUGAUCGAGAAGAGGAUGAUGAGGAAUUGGAGACUGAAGGGAGUAUUGACCAGGAGAUGGGAAGUUCAUUUGGUAGCCCGCUGGAUGCUGAUGUGACUGCAGAAUAUCUGGAUGAUGAACCCCAGUCUGUCGCCUCCACCCAAAACUGUCCGAACCCACAACCUCAAGUUACAGACGUCAUGUCUUUGAGCUGUCGUCACAAUGACGAGGCUUCUACCGAUCAGACUGACCAAACAGCAAACACACCCAAAUAUGACAUACUGAACCAGUUCGCAGAGGUUAUGCUGGCAGAUAUGCGUCACAUUAAAGAUCCUGUAGUGCUCAUGAGACUUCGCCGAGAUAUCACUGAUUUGGUGUUCAAAGCGGUGGAGGAGGACAUGCAGAGACAAUGCGCUCAAGUGCCAUCCAUGUCCAGGGGGAUGGUGGGGGAGAGUGCCCACUUACAGAACUGCUCCAGGCCCCAACAGGCAUCUUCACAUACAAACUACUCCUGGAGGUUUUUGAAGAGAAAGAACAAAGGGUGUGAGAUUGGAAGGAGGAUGCAGAGAUGGGAGGAAAUGAAGCACAUGAGGAGGAUGUCCAGGAGUCAAGUGUUGCAGCCUGUCCAGCAUGGCCAAGCGUUGGAGGGGAUGAGUGAAAACAAUUCUCAGGUUAAUAUUCAGUCAUCUGAGAUGAAAAGAGAGACAGUGCCGCACAUGGUUAAAAUCGAGGAGGAGGCUCUUCCACUGGCUUGAAAUUUUCAAUACAGAGUUGCCACGAUUUUUCCUGAUUACAGUCACCACAGUCAGGAAGUGUAGGUUGGAAGUGAAGACUUGAGGGCCUUAAAGCAACAUUAUGUAAGAUUGGGUACACAACACAAGACAUAGCAGCCAGCUAAUAUAACUUACUAGUCCAUCAGCCAGAAGCCCAGCUCUGUGUCUGUCUUUCAGCCAUUUGUUUUACAACUCUCACUAACAACUAAAAGCACAACAUUUACUCCCAAUGGCUUCUUGAUUGCUCUGUCCUAAACUCCCUCCAUGAACAUGACCUCUUAGGUCUGAAGGCCUCUGCCAUGUAUGGCGAUAGAAGCUGCUGAGCUUGGUUACAUUGCAUGAUCACCUGGCUCCGGUUCUGGCACAACAUCUGUUGAUGUUUGUACCCCCCCCCAUCCCUUAUCACUUACAGUGGUCCAUAGCCAAGCUUCAACAUUCCCUCUGUGCUCUCAGCACCUAGUCUUGGGCAGUAACGUUACUGCUAACUGAGGUAACUCACAGUAGCUAACAGCAGCUAAAGUUUACUUUCUAUAGCUGAGGCAGAGCAGCCGGAGGUCAUCAGUGGGAAUGGACAAAACAUAUUCUCCAUAAAAUAGGAUUAGUUUCAGCAAAACCAGUGACAUACUUAGUGAUGUGUGAGUUAGUGAGUUACGCACUUGUCACCCCAAGUCAAAAGUUACGUAGAACUGGCUACAAGUCAGUGUGGUAUGACAGUGAUUUACACUCUGUUACUUUAAGGUAGAGAAGUUAAUAAUGGCUUUAAACCGGUAGAAAACAGAUGCUAACAAGUAUCAGUUAGGUAAAUAGGUAAAUUGCCCUCUUUGCAUUACAGAAGUCCAGACAUUUAGAGUGUGAUAACACUGA